UUUCCCAUUUGCUACUUAACUUCACCUACAAAUAGUGAGCCCAUGCAACUACCUAAGGGGUAGAUAAGUUUAUUAGAUGCAUUCACAGAACAACUCCACCACUCUCUUCCACCUCUUCCAACCCAAUAAUACCUAGCACACCCUUUUCACAAAUAUCUUCUCUCAAAGAAGCUAAACAUCCAACAACACUACAUAAUGCAAAAAACGCGACCCUUUUUUUAAAUAUUACUCUGAAAAAAACGGCCUUGAUUAUUAGAAUUAUUCAAAAUAUGCAAAUAUAACAACCCCAUCUGAAUUCAUGAGUUAACUUGUUUAUCGUCUUUGUCAAAAGGAAAAAAAAAAAAAAAAAACAUCCAAAAUUUUUGUUAACAAAAAAUAUCGAUUUUCCUUUUCGCUCCAUAAAAAAAUAGAUUUGAUUUUAUUGGUGCUUUAAGAAAAUAAAAUAUAUUACUAAUAUAAAAUAUAUUUUUUUUGUAGGGUUUACAAGAAAAAAGGAGGUCUACCUCACAAAUCAAUUAUUUCUGAUUUCUCCAAUCCCAAAAAGAAAAGAUCUGAUUUUUCUUAUCCCAAAAAAAGAUUAAAAAAAAAAAAUACCAUAAAUAUAAGAAGAAACUCACCGUCCUGUUAUAUCUUUGAACAGAUCAACCCUGUUUUCACAUCAAUCCCGUGAUGUUCUCUACUUCCCUUCUUUGACAACCUAAACUCUCUUUAACACCGCAUAAUCUUUUGACUUUUAUCCAGGUUUCAUAUUGAAGGCAUAAAAACAUAAAAAGAGUCUUCAAGAAAAAAUAGCAAUGGCAACCUGUGGAAGCUUAAGACACAUCUUUGAGAACACAAUACCAGAAAACAACUCCUCCACUUCAUCUUCCUUGAUAGAUUCGCUAUCGUCGUGGAAACAUAUAAGAACUCUUAAACCACCUCUUGAUCACUCUUUUACUGAGAUCUUUGGUGAACUUCAUUUCAAAGAAACUCAUCCUAACCAAACUACAUCACCAUCAUCUUUUUUCCCACCACCAUCAUCAUCAUCAUCAUCAUCAUCGUCUUUCUUUGUACCACCUUCGUCGUCAUCAUCAGCAUCAGCAGCAGCAUCAUUUCCUGUUAUUAACUCAGUUUCACAAUGGUCUGACAAUGAGAAUCAACAAGAUGAGAAGACAAGUGAUGGGUACUUGCAACCAUACCAUUGUAAGAGUGAAAGUUUUUCGUCUCUGAAUUCUGACAGCCUGCAGUUGUGCACUGAAGGGUUAGGUUCUGAGAGCUUGGACGAUACGGAGGAUUUGAAGAUGGAGGCUCAGAACAAUGGUUGUAGUAACAACAAUAGUCACCAUAAUUUGGGAGAGAAACUGCAUGUUAGAAGACAUUCAGAUGACUCUUACUGCAGGAAGAUAAGACUCAAUGGAAGGACAAUAUUCCCUCCACCAAUACCUUACAUAGGACAGACAGGAAAACCGUCUGUUUCCUUUGAGUCUUACAGGAAAAAUGGAAGAUUUGUGUUGAAGGAGGUUAGGACACCGACACAUGAGUGUCUUCAAGCUAGUAGGGAAGACGGGCGACUCCGUUUAACCUUUAUCCAACCAAACGAUGAAGAUGAUGAUGAUGACAACAAUGUUGUUGAAGAAGAUGAUAAUGAUGAAAUUACUGUUGAAGAUGAUGAUGAUUAUGAUGAUGAUGACGACGAUGUUGAAGAUGAUGAUAAUGGAGAGGGUGGAGAAGGAAAAUUUGGUGGUGUUAAAAGGAUAGAAGAGGAAGAGAGAGGAGUUGAGUUUAAGGAGGAAGAUGAGGCUAAAAGUUAAGGAUGUCCAGAAGGAGUAAAGAAGACUUGUAGCCUGCCAAAUCAGUUAUUAGAGUUCUGAAAUUUGUGUUCCCAGAAUUUUGCAAAACAAGAGGAUGCAUGCAAGAAUAAUAGAUCCUCAUACAGUAGAUUUUGUACUCUAAAUUCUUAUUAUACCUAUUCUAGAGAACCAGUUUUAAGUUUGAACAAACAGUACACUAGCCAAAAGUUCAAACUGAGCAUUGAAACAGAAAUGAUGCAAUUCAAUGUUAAAAGUCAGGCCAAAAUGACCACUAAUUUUAAGUUAUGACUAAAGAAACCAACUUAAAAGAGUUUAACAUCUAUACUACAUGCAUGUUAAAAUGCACAAAAAAAUAGCCAGGGAAGGAAAACCAAUGGUCCUCUUAUCUAAUUGGAACUAGACAGACAAAAAGAAAAAAAGAGGAAAAGAGCUAACAGAUGCAGUUAUCAGUGUAAGUACAUUAGAUUAUAUUGGAGUCUGACUAACAAUACUUGUACAAACUCAGAUUCAGGCUUGGACCUUCGAUUGCAGUCAUAUCAAUUCUACUAAGUUAUUUAGUAAUUCCUUUUAGUUCUCACCUUGUUCUAGCCGAUCUCAGUAUUGGUAUUUUUUUAUGGAUCGCUAUUUUAAGCAUUGC